AUGCUAUUAUUAGUUCUGAUCCUCGUGAUAACGCUGGCCCUCGUGGCGCCGCAAUUGGUCUCCAACCUGCGCGACAUCGGGACUGUCGCGCUCGAAAAACAGGCGUCUAUCAGUCCCACGAAAAAGCCCGGCGAGUCCGCCGUGUACCGCUCCGUCGACGUGCCGCACGGCCUGCCUUUGACCACGGGGCUGCGCAUCCAGACGGGCUACCAGAUGAGGGACGGCAUUCUCAAGGACAUCUGGUACGAGGCGUUGCAGGCAAACACAGUUGUCGAGAUUGGCGGCGCGAGGCGCUCGGUUCGCCAAAUAAAUGGCAUGAUUUUGCAUCUGGCCCAGCAGAUGGACCAGCACAACGUGGGCCCGCGCGUGGGGCUCAAUUCGUGCGUCGACGACCUGCACGCGCUCGUGGUGCUCUUCUGCUGCUUUUUCCUGUGCGACAGAACCGUUGUCGUGGGAGAAGACCCGAACGUGGACCUGCUAUUUACGAGGAAGACGGCCGGCUCUGCUGCCAACGUCCCCGCUCAAAGACUACACCCGCUUCAACAACGAGCCGUACAUCGAGCUGAUCGACGGCACAGAGUACCGGUAUUUCCAGCGCAGCUUUGUUUCUGCCGUCGCGUCGCAGCUGAUGUCUCUGUCGACGGCGUUUUCGUGGACAAACCGCGACAGACUGCUUGUGGUGCCGGGAAACAGGAACAACGCCCUCGUCAAGAUCCUGUGCGGGCUGCUGACGGGCGUCGAACAGAUCACCGUCGCGGCCAGCGCGCCGAUCGACGCGCUCGUCAGCUGCCAGCCGACGAUCGUUUCCGCUCCGAGCGCGUGGCUGCGGCCCCUGGUGGACGUGCGGCCAUCGUUCCUGCGCGCGCUGCUGCUCAACCGCGCCGAGUUCCUCAACUCGCACGGCAUAUUCAACCCGCUCGGCAAGAUGUAUGCCACGAAGCUGCGGCUGGUGUAUCUUCAGGACUCAAUUUUCACUUCGGCGCAGUACAAUAA